UCUCGAGUCGAGUGGUGUUCGGUUGUGUUACCAUGUUGGGACUGAAUUUUGGUCCGGAGUAUCAAAAUCUUUUGGGAAUUAAUUAAUCAAUACUCUUUACUUUAGUUCUAGAAUUCAAUUCCAAUUAAUGGAGUAAUAAUGUAUUUGUAGUUUGCGCACCUAGGAUGUGAUUCUAGAAUGCCUUCAACGCAAAACAAAACACAAUCUCUUUUGGAAUUAAGACAGAGACACGAAAGUGCCUCAUUAUUAUUAUUAUCGUUGUAACAAAUCCAAGUGCGUUAAUGCAACCAUAUUCUAUUGUGAACAUCUUCUAGGGUUCCAUUCCUUCCUUUUCGUCAAUUUCGUUCUCAAUUUCUUCACAACAAUGGCCAAGAAAACCAGCGCAACCAAAAACAAUAACAAGAGGAUACCACCGAUUGAUCGUGUGCCCAAACAUUCUCAACAGCCAAGAAGUUCACCUCCCAAACGCCGCACUGAUUUCUCUUUUUUCAUUCCCAAUCCCUCUUCAAUUUCCAACCCUGCUAUUGAUUCCUCGCUUGGUUCUUCUUCCGGUGAAGUGAGGUUGUCCACUGUCACUGCAAGCAGUUCGCUGCAGAGGAGAAUGUCGGUUAAACAAUUUUCUAAAGAUACACUGGUUCGAUGCAACAAUUACCAAGAGGGAAGACCAGUCUGUUCGUCUGAGUAUUUUGAUGUUCCUGAUGCGGAAUUGGAUUCAGUUGACCUUGGUGGCAAUAGGGAUGCUUGUAUUAAGAUGUCAGAAUCUACCCCUCGCGAAUCAUCUGUUAGUGAUAGCAGUUCUCUUGCUGUAACACCGGGAAGUGUUGUUUGGGCAAGAACAUCCUGUCAAACAUGGUGGCCUGCUGAGAUCAUGGAAGAAAGAUGUGCACCAUCUGACUAUGUCAGAGAUGGGCAUGUUUUAGUGCAGUUUUAUGGAAAUCAUCCCAGUGCCUGGCUUGAUCCAUCGACAAAUAUUUCAAUUUUUGAGGAUUCUUUUGAAGAAAGGAGCAAUAACCCUUCAAAUGAUUUUCAAGAUGCUCUAAAGCAAGCCUUGCAAAGGAAAGCACAACUUAGUUCUUGCCAAAACUUGAGUCCCGAUGGGUCUGCUCAUUCUAAUCAGCAAGAUCGUUCAGCUGGUAAAUAUUCUUCACCUAGCUCAAGCAGAACACUCAACGAUUUUCAAGAGAGACGAAGAGGGAAAAGGGAACGGAAACCCAAAGUUCAUUUUGAUGAGGUGUCUUCUCCAAUCAAAUCAGAAAGGAAGGAUCGUCGAUUAAAGGUAAUGCGGUAUCUUGGCCUUGCACCUCCGGUUGGUUCUCCUUUUUGACCAAGAUUACGAGUGAAGAAAUGAAUAUUUCUAAUGUUUCUGGCCUAAUAGCUCUAGUUGGUUCUCCCUUUUUUUCUAACUAUAAUAUAAUAGUAGUCUUGCGUGCAUAAUUCAAAAAUUUGUUUCUACUCCUUGCCAUUCACCUAGUAACACCUUUUUUUUCCAGAUUAUUUAGUCUCAUUGUUUCAUUACUAUAUGUAAAAACCGUACUAUUCAUACGACAAUAUUUGAAGGAAUAUAAUCAGUUAUAUCCAAUAAAUUUUUCUGUUUUUUUUUUGGAAACUUUGUUGCUUCAUGGUGGAGUACAAAGACUAGCUCAAUGUACACGAAAUUUUAAUCUAGAUUGGGUAUUGCUGUGCU